UUUGCGGUUGUACUAGUACGUCGAAGAAUCUUUUUGGCUUUUCGCUCAGGAUUUGAUAUCAUAUUUUGAGUUUUUGAUUUAUACAUCCGUAUAACUGCUGGUUGCGCUUGCACUGUCGUCCAUUUUUUCAAACAUGCAUAUCCGGGAACUAGAAAUUCCGCUUCCGCCAUCAUCUGGUUUGCAAAGUGCCGCGGAAUUUCUAGAAGGUUUGGGUGAAAUUGUGGCCGCUUUUCCACCAGCACUGCAAGCAGUGGAACACAGUGCCGCGAUGGACGAAACCGUGUCCUACACGGAUCUGACGUAUGCCGGGGCUGCGUAUGCGACUGAUUUCUCUUCCCCUCCGUAUUCUCCCGUACUAUCACAAUAUUCUCCUCGUGACUAUGUGCCUGCCGGGAGGGAAUCGGGGAGCGACGUUGAGCUAGUCGUGAAUCAGUUUUCGGAUUGUGGACACCAACAGUCUCUGGAAACAGUCUCCCGCGCCAGCAGCAUCUUCAGCGGAUGCGAAGUUACGCAUUCGCCGUCGACAACUCCGCCGCCCAAUGGGAACCGCCAGUACAUCAGCGUCAUCAUGCACUCAUCCAACUACACCACUGUGGAUGGUCAGAAUUACCUGGAUGCCACCACGACACCCAGACCGACGCCGGUCUCCCAGCGAGGCCGCUCUCAGCGCAGCGCUGGUGCUGCUGCACAUCCCAGCCGAAGCCUGCCGAAGACCGAGCAAGUUGAACAACUGGCGAUGCAGCAGGCCCUGGCCGAGAUGUCCACUACAUGUACAGUGCUACGGAUACCGCCAGAGCCAAGUUCCUGGACAAACAGCCAAGCUCGUGCAUGGUUGAUUUGGACGUGUCAGCGUAAUAAUCUGUGCCAUUCCAUUGACUUUCGCAAAUUCGAUUUCGACGGUGCCCAGUUGGUCCGUCUGCAACAAGAGGACUUCAAGAGGCUGGCUCCGAUUUGUGGCGAGUAUCUCUGGUCGCUUUUCGGCAUGUGGCGCUCAGCGGCCAGAAUUGCCGACAUUAAACCAACUGUGGAUAACGAGAAGCAGCAGGAGAUGAUAAACAACGAUCCACGCUUGGAAUCUAACCUUAUCAACGGAACUGCUGGACAGCGGCAAAUCGAUUUCAUGCCGGUUCCAUGUUUGGAGCCUAACCGUGACGAUGGGGCUGCUGGACAGCGGCAAAUAGACUUCUUGCCGGUUCCACGUUUGAUGCGUAACGUUGACGAGGGAGGCAUUGGACAAGGGCAGUACGCUUACCCCGCAACCGGAUGCAUCCCUACUUUAAACUAUCUGGCGACGUCUCCCGCCCCGAACGUUUUGGUCGUGCCAGUCCAACCAGUGUCCACCGGAAGUCCAGACUCUUGCGGAAACUCGUACCGAAGUGACAGAAGUUCGGACUGCGAAAUGGUCAAUCAAGGCUGCGGUGGAACCAUUACUAUGGACGACUCUAUGGACGAUGGGCGGUCAGAGGGUAGCAGCACUCGCCUAUGGCAGUUUCUGAAGGAGCUCUUGUCGAAGCCGCAAGUUUAUUCCUCAGCCAUUCACUGGGUGGAUCGUGAGCAGGGCAUUUUCAAGAUCGCAGAUUCCAUUCGGGUGGCACGCUGCUGGGGCCGACGGAAGAACUGUCCGGCGAUGAAUUACGACAAACUGAGCCGGUCCAUUCGUCAGUACUACAAAAAGGGGAUUAUGAAAAAGACACAGCGCUCACAGAGACUGGUCUACCAAUUCUGUCAGCCCUAUGCAGUUUAGGAAUGCCCAUCUCUCUCCACUCCGUUACCUCGGAAUUGGCCGAAAACACUCAGGAUGUUUUUUGCUCAAGCUUUUUGUUUUUUGCUUAAUGAUUUUUGGUGAUAUUUUUGUCUGGUGAAACCUGGAUACUGUUUGCCAUUUUCCCUGUGUUAAAUUAACCGUUGUAAAAUCCGUAUUUAAUACAUGUAUAAAUUAUUUGGAUACUUUCGUCGGAUGUAAAGCGCAUGGGAUCACCGCAAGUGGUGAAUUUGUCUUUACUGUCGCACGUCUAUGUACAUUUCGGGUUUAAUGGGUCAAUUUCGGUGCAGUUCAGUUUUUAUCGAUUUAAAUGUAUAGUGUGAAAUGAUGCUUUGAUGUGGAGUGAGCAUUUUGAUUUAUUUUCCAGUGUAAACUUUUUGUAUCAUUUGUUAUUGGUGAAUUAAAGAUUUCUAUGGUCUGA